AAAAUCGGUCCAUCAGAAAACAAACUUACGAAAAACAUCCAACCAAAUAAGAUGGGAGCCGCUUCUAAUGGUACACUAUCUCUGAUAAAAUAUCUCACAAAAGGUUUACUAGUUGUUGUGCUGGUGUGUUCGUUCGGGUCAACGAACGCUGUGAGCGAUGCCAAAUGGCGCAGUCCGUGUGGUGCGAGCGUUGGUUCUAUUGUUGGGUUACCAGGAGGCCCUCCGACAGCUUCCACAAAUGUUCUAUUGGAGGACAUGCUUCCAGUCUUACGGACCGCCAUAGCAGCAGCAGAAUCACUUAAAAAUAAAUACAUAUCCGACAGAUUCUCCGAGAGAAGGAUACCCCACUUGAAUGGCUAUCAUUGUGACGGAAUGCCUGUCGUAUCUAUGACUACAUCAGAAAUUGAAGAAUCUCUUUCAGACAUAAAUCUCACUCACUUGUCGAACUAUGAGAAGCUUUCCCGAGUUCUGAUUUUCUUGGAACAAGUGCGAUUCGACGAGACCUUCAUGGACAGCAGGGAAGCAACGUACAAUGAUGAUGUUCAGGAAAUUGAGAGAAACAUUUUAAACGUUUUGUGCACCAAGCAAAGAGUUAUUAAAAACUCUGGAGCUCGGAUUGAUUACAUAUCUCACACAGUGAUGGCACCUGAUUUAAGAGUCACUAUGAACGAAAAUGAGCGCCAUGAAAGAGAUUACGUCAUCAUCAAGGAUACGUAUCACCUGCUUCAGACAAUGCAUAUCCACGUAACAGCCAUCAACAAUCGGCUUAGGUCAAGUCAGUAAUCGAUAGGGAACAAACAUUCACCCACACCUUUCCAGUCAGGAAAUUAUAACUAAAGUAGAUUAUAUUAAUCGCUUUUAUGAUUGAUAAAACAUGGUGAAUUGUAUUUCUGUUUAUUUGCAAAGUGUAUCAGUGUUUUUGAAUGCAGCACCGAUAUCGAUCUCAACGACUUUUGUUCGUAUCACAUCAAACAAUAAAUUAUAUAAAUUAAUUAUUGAUGUUUGUGUCCCUCGAUCAUAAUGUGAUGAUAAUUAUUGUUAUUUAUUGAUGUAUGAGUUCUUACAAAACAGCUACAAUGUGAUGAAUGUUAGGUCGCAGAUUAUUUGUUAAUGCUUAACUUUUAACAGGAUUUGUUACAUGUUAUUUAGGAUUAAUAUACUUUUCCUGUGCGAUGCCAUCCUGGAUAUUAUAUAGUAAUCUGAACUCGUUAUUAUUCUACGUUCCAAUGUUAUUGUUGAUUUUGUACAUGUAUACCAUUAAGAUAUAGUUAACGGAUAUAACAUGUACAGUGAUACAUGCAAUAGGAGACCAUACUGGUUUAUUUUUGUUAACAUUG